UUCUUGAAAUGUUUCCUGGUGUCGCGUGAAAAUAAUGUUGAGUAGUGAUAAAAAUGAGGUUAAUUUCAUAUAUGCAUAAAGAAUAACUCAAAACAUACAUAAAAGGACACAAAAGUUCAAAUGUUUUAUGAGAACUAUCAAAAUAUGACAAUUUUUAAACUUUGAUAGAUUAAGAACAAGUCAACAUGUUUGUCAUGUUGGAGAAAAUGUAUUUAUUUAAAUUUAAUUAUUUUUUAUUCUUAGUUAAUAAAAAGGAACAAGUGUUUGUCUUUGAUUUUUCUUUGGAUCUUUGGAAACAUAAUUAUAGUUUGGCAUAAAAAAAAACCUGGUCAUGGCGAUUUAAAUGAGAAUAAUGGUCACAAAUAUUCCUUUAAAUUAGAAAAUAUUUCAAUAAUAAAACUAAAAACUUUUAAUUACAGUCAGUUUAAGUUUUGACCAACUUCAUGAAACAAAUGUCACAUUUAUUUCACACUUUAAACUGAAAGAAACUAAUGUUCUGGACGUAAACCGGCGUCUUUCAGCAGAAUAACUUCUGAUCAUCUCUGGAUCAACAUUAUUCUGAUCAAAACAUCAGAUUGUUGUUUAUUUCUGCGAUCAUCUGUUGUUUAUGCGGUAAACAAACAUGUUGGAUUCAGUAGCGGAAGCUUUUCUCAGAACAAAGCCUGUCGGGUUGUUGGUGUGACCCCCCCACCCCGCCCCGCCCCGCCUGAGCGCCGCCGCAUCCACGCCGACACCCCCGGCUCCGUCCAGAGAGGGCGGCGGCGGAUCUGCGCUUUCUGUGACCGUGAGUCGGUGACCCGUUCCUUCCUCCGCGCGGUUCGGUCCCUGCAGGUGUACGGAGCCCGCCAGCCCCCCCACCAGAACCCCAGCGGCGCCUCGCGGCUCUUCUCAGACCGAACCCCCUUCCCUGACCCGCCCGGAUUCGCGGAGCUUUGACCCUCUGAAAGGGUGCUCCCCUUUACUCCUCCACCUGGAGCUCCUCCUCUCCAUCAUGCAGGAGGUGUGAUCCUCCAUCACCUCCUCUCUGUCUCUGGAGGGAACCAAACUGAUGCUCAAAGAAUCAGAGAUGUCAGACCAGGACUCCCCCUUGCCAGCGGACGCCCAGCUGCCCCUGACGUCCCCCCGCACCCCCCUGCAGAUCUCUUUCCCCUUCCUCAGGGAGGGCAGCCGCGUCUGGGAGCGGGAGAGGAAACCGCCACAGCCUGGCGAGCCGCUGAGCCCACUCCCCACCAAACGCACGCGCACAUACUCAGCGACUGUGCGUGCCAGAUCAGGUCCUGUAUUUAAGGGGGUUUGCAAGAACUUCUCCAGAUCUCAGGGUCAUGGGUUCCUGCGUCCCUCCCACGGGGGGGAGGACAUCUUUGUUCACAUCUCUGACAUUGAAGGGGAGUAUGUGCCUGUGGAAGGAGACGAGGUCACCUACAAGGUGUGUCCCAUCCCUCCCAAGAACCGGAAGUUCCAGGCGGUGGAGGUGGUGAUCACUCACCUGAAGCCCGGCACUAAGCACGAGACCUGGUCGGGUCAAGUCAUCAGCUCCUAAAGGAGCAUCUGUGGCAGCUGCAACGGCAGAUGGGGAUGUAGGUCCGAUUGGAUUUGUGAAAACAGAAGAAAGCCUGGAAUGUGUUUAUUUGAAUGUCUAAAUGUCAGCGCUGAGUUCUGAACACAGACGUUUUUGGAAAGUGGAACUGAACUGUGGGAUGCAACUGCAACUUUGCUGAUUUUUGGGGAAGAAAUGUUUAAGCCUUAGUCACAUGCCCCCAUGCAGGGGUUGACUCGCAUGGAUGCUGUAGGUUCUUGGCUUGUCUGGGCUCGUGGAAGGUCGUUCGGAGCGCAGGUGUGUUCUUUACAGGGAAGCUGCGCUCGAAGCUGCUGAAGUUUUCAGCUGCACGACGUCGCCGCAGUGAUGAACGUUCUUCUGCUUCGGACUCAUCAGAAGUCCUGAAAAAGGACAUGUCAAUGAGAAACUGCCAACAAAUCUAAAAAUCUAAAAAAAACAAAAGGAAUUGUUGGUUUCAUAAAUGUCAAAAUCCCUUACCA